UCAGAUUACACACUUCUCACCAACAGCGAAAGGGGGAGAGAAUAUAUACAUACAGACUGACCGACCUAUACGUAUAGAGAGAGAUGGGGAAGAGAGCGAAGAGCUCAAGGAAGGGAAAGAAGGAAUGGAGGGCUAAUAUUAGCACCGAAGAUUUUGAAGAUUUCUUCGAAAAGUCCACAAAAGAUGCUCUUUCCGGCGGUUCUUUGGCCGACGCCCCCAGCGAUUCUCUCUUCUUCGUCGACAAAUCCAGAGAUCUUUCCGCCAGGCGAAAGAUUGACAAAAGCAGAGAAAAAGUGCUCCGAUGCGAUAGUAUAUUGCAGAAAAACCCUUUUAUUAAAUCAAUUCCAUCUUCUAUACAAAACAAGAAGACGUCGAAGAAAAACAACAAAUCUGAUAAAACGGCUGCAGGCAAAGAUGCUGCAGGAGACAGCCUAAUGGAAGAAACUGCACUUGAUUCUGGCGUCGGUGAUUUAUGGGAAGAUAAAGGAGAAAAGAAUGUCAAAAGUAAAAAGAAAUCCAAAACUUGUGUUAUACCUGCCGUUGAGGUUGAACAUCCUGGAUGCUCGUUCAACCCCCACCCUGAGAGCCACCAGGAAGCAUUAGCUAGUGCUGUUGCAGAUGAAAUGCAUAAAAUAUAUCAACACGAACUGGGACCCGAGCCUGUUCCUUUGACUGUUCCUGGGGAAGCUGUUGAUGAAGACGAUAAAUAUUUCCUUGAGGCGGGUGAUGAUGGAAGUGACGAUGAUGAUGUUCAAAAUGAAAAUCUUAUUGAUAAUGGAGAUGCAGAUGAAGAGAAGAGGCCUAAUAAAAUGAAAAGAGUCACACGAGUCGAGUUGAAUCGGAGAACCAGGCGAAAGGGGCAUUUGAAAGCUGAAGCAGAAGCCAAAAAAAAGGGAAAAUUCUCGAAAGACAUAGACAGUUUACCUGAUAUACUGCAAGAAAUAGCUAAAGAGGAUGAAGAAAAAAGUAACAGACAUCUCCGAAGAAUUGUUUCAAAACAAGAGAGGCUGAAAGUUCGCCCACCUCGCCUAGGAAAGUACAAAUUUGACCCUGCGCCUAUCCAAGUUCUCUUAUCUGAAGAGAAAACUGGUUCACUUCGGCAAUUGAAGGGAUGUUGCACCCUUGUAAAAGAUCGUUUUAAGAGCCUGGAGAAACGAGGAUUAGUCGCCCCAUCAAAGAAGAGCAGCAGGAAGUAGAAUGGCUACUCUUAAAAGCUUGAAACAUCUAACAGAGCUUCAAGAAUGGCUGGUUUAAAGUGAUGGUUCUUGGAAUCAUUUGCUAUGUUGGAAAUAUAAUUAAAUGAUAACGAAGGCAUCUCUAUGUUUUUAUUUUAUUUAUUUUAAAUUUAAUGUAAUGUAUGACUUUUUUUUUUCCCUUGUGUUGGAUGUUGAGCUGCAGAAUGUAUGUUAGUGUCACAGUGCUAAGUUGGAGCAUCACAAUUUUGAUUAUUUAUUAAAAAUGAUGUUUAUGAAA